AUGUCCUCCAAAAGAAUCAACAAAGAACUGAUCGAUUUGGGAAGAGAUCCCCCCACGUCGUGCUCAGCUGGCCCUGUUGGAGACGAUCUCUACCAUUGGCAAGCUUCUAUAAUGGGACCCCCAGACUCUCCUUAUGCUGGUGGUGUGUUUUUCCUUAGCAUCCAUUUCCCAACCGAUUACCCCUUCAAACCACCCAAGAUACAGUUCACAACCAAGAUAUACCACCCAAAUAUCAAUGCCAGUGGAAACAUCUGUCUGGAUAUUUUGAAGGACCAAUGGUCACCUGCUUUAACCAUCUCCAAAGUGCUUCUGUCUAUCUGUUCACUUUUGACUGAUGCCAACCCUGACGAUCCUCUGGUGCCUGAGAUCGCACACAUUUACAAGUCCGAUAGAGCUAAGUACGAAGCUACAGCUAAGGAAUGGACCAAGAAAUACGCUGUGUAA